CGGUUACGUCUGUACGAAAUCUCUCCUCCCCCUAGUUCCAGUGACCUGCCAAAUUGAGUGUACGUUACAUUAUUCUGGAAGUACGGGCAGUCGUUUGUUAACAAAGGCUUAGCUUUAGGUUUGUGGAAAUCCAGGUCAUAUUUAUGAUACAGACUGUUCGAUAGUGUUCAUUUGCUAGCCAGCAUACGGCUAGCUGGCUAGCCAUUAGACGGCAGCUGCUGGUUAGCAAGGCAGUAAGCUCCAGUCCAGUCUACGGAGUUCGAAUUACUCUAAGAAACUACUCAGCAGUUUGUUACCCCAAGACUCUUCAGAGUGCUGGUAAAUAAUAAAGGAAGAUGAGAAUUAUGCUGGAUUUCGAAGAAUGUCUCAAGGACUCUCCGCGGUUCAGGGCCACAAUAGAGGAGGUGGAGGGGGACGUCGGUGAACUGGAGACCAAGCUGGACAAGUUGGUGAAACUAUGUAUUGGCAUGAUUGAUGCUGGAAAGGCCUACAAUGCAGCCAACAAGCAGUUUGUGAGUGGCAUCCGGGAGCUUGCACAGCAGUCCACCAGAGAUGAGGUCAUUGAGUCUAGCCUGACAAAGUUUGCUGAAAGCCUGCAAGAGAUGAUCAACUAUCACACAAUACUAUUCGACCAAGCCCAGAGAUCCAUCAAGUCCCAACUCCAGACGUUUAUGAAGGAAGACCUGCGGAAAUUCAAGGACGCCAAGAAGCAGUUUGACAAGGUGAGCGAGGAGAAGGAGGCGGCGCUGACCAAGAAUGCCCAGGCGCCGCGCAACAAGCAGCACGAGGUGGAGGAGGCCACCAGCAUCCUCACGGCCACGCGCAAGUGCUUCCGCCACAUCGUCCUCGACUACGUGCUCCAGAUUAAUGUCCUCCAGUCCAAGAGAAGAUCAGAAAUCCUUAAAUCGAUGUUGUCCUUUAUGUACGCCCACCUGACGUUCUUCCAUCAAGGCUACGACCUGUUCAGUGAGCUGCAGCCCUUAAUGAAACAACUCGGAGGACAGCUGGACCAGCUGGUGGUGGAUGCAGCCAAGGAGAAGAGGGACAUGGAGAUGAAGCACUCCACCAUUCAGCAGAAGGACUUUUCGAAUGACGACACCAAACUGGAGUACAAUGUGGAUGCCGAGAAUGGAAUCGCUAUGGAGGGCUAUCUGUUCAAGAGGGCCAGUAAUGCCUUCAAAACAUGGAACAGGAGAUGGUUCUCGAUUCAAAACAAUCAGCUAGUGUACCAGAAGAAAUUUAAGGACAACCCCACGGUGGUGGUGGAGGACCUGAGGCUGUGCACGGUGAAGCACUGCGAGGACAUCGAGCGGCGCUUCUGCUUUGAGGUGGUGUCCCCCACUAAGAGCUGCAUGAUGCAGGCGGACUCUGAGAAGCUGCGGCAAGCCUGGAUCAAAGCCGUCCAGAAUAGCAUCGCCACAGCCUUCAGGGAGAAGGGAGACGACGGGGAGAAGCUGGACAGGAAGUCGUCCACGUCGACGGGCAGCCUGGACUCGAGCGGCGAGCCGCGGGAGAAGAGCCUGAAGGGGGACAGCGCCCUGCAGAAGGUCAUGGCCAUCGCCGGCAACACGGCCUGCUGCGAUUGCGGCCAGCCUGACCCCCGCUGGGCCUCCAUCAACCUGGGCAUCACCCUCUGCAUACAGUGCUCCGGCAUACACAGGAGUCUGGGAGUGCACUUCUCCAAGGUCAGAUCCCUCACCCUGGACUCAUGGGAGCCAGAGUUACUGAAGUUGAUGUGUGAGUUGGGGAACGGCGUCAUCAAUCAGAUCUAUGAGGCUCGGCGAGAGGAGUUGGGAGCCAGGAAACCGCACCCUGGAGACCCCAGGCACGAGGUGGAAGCAUACAUCAAGGCCAAGUACGUGGACCGGCGGUUUGUGCGGCGUCCGUCAGACGACGAGCUCAAGCUGAAGGUGGUGAGCCUGAGCAAGCAGGAGAAGCGCCUGAGCACCAGCAGCUCUGAGCUGGCCCCCCCGCGAGCGCCGCCCCCCACCCCCAAACAGAGGCCCGCGUCUGGGGCAUCAGCUGGUGCUGCCUUGGCCGGCCAGAAAAUAAAGAGCGAGGACAGCGGCAUCCAGAACAGUGCUGACGGAAGCAGAGAGAUGCUGGCCAACACUGCCUCAACCAACAGCCUCAAUGACACAGAAGCGGCGGAGCCGGAGCCGGAGCCGGAGCCGGAGGAGCCCAUGUGCCAGGCGUCGUCGCCGUGCAAGGAGCAGGUGGUGUUCUCCGAGCCCAAGGAGUACUCGCCCGGCCUGCAGCUCUACUGGGCCUCCUGCGCCCGCAGCCUGCCCGACAUGGCCCAGGCCCUCGCCCACGGGGCACCGGUCAACUGGAUCAACGCCGAGGACGACAAGAGGACGCCGCUCAUCAUGGCCGUGCAGGGGGGCUCUCUGGUGGCGUGUGAGUUCCUGCUCCAGAACGGUGCCAGUGUGAACCAGCAGGACGUGCAUGGGAGAGGACCCCUCCACCACGCCACCAUCAUGGGACACACUGGGCAAGUGUGUUUAUUCCUGAAAAGAGGAGCCAAUCAAAAUGCGACGGACAUUGACGCCAAAACGCCCUUGACCAUUGCUGUGGAGGCAGCCAACGCUGACAUCGUGACCCUGUUGCGACUGGCCAAGAUGAAUGAUGAGAUGCGGGAAGCAGAGGGCCCCUACAGUCAGUCAGGAGAUGAAACCUAUCAGGACAUUUUCCAAGACUUCACCCAGAUGGCAUCAAAUGAUCCCGACAAGUUGAACCGAUUCCAACCACAUGACUCUCCGAGGCAAUGAGGAAGAGUGGGAGAGAGAGAGGGAAAGAGAGGGAAGGAUGGAGGGAGGGAGGGAGGGAGUUGU